AUGGCACUGAAGCCAUGGUCUUUUGGACCGCAGGCUCGUCGUUUUCUUGCCACCAGCGUGCUGGACGGUCAUCAAGUUGGCUUUGACCUGUGGCGGCAUUUGGCGAAGCACGCAGAAUUCUACUGCCGAAAUCAGGACACCUGGAAUCUGGCGCUGGACCUCGGACCGCCUUGCGAUGCACUGACUCCGAUGCGGGAACGCAGUAUCCUGAGCCGGGUGGUGCGCUCUGAAGGAGAUGCCGCCUCCGGGGGCAAGCUGGUGAUUGCCUUGCCUGGGAACAAGCAGAUCGAGACGGCCAUUGUUGUAUCCCGCAAGCGCUCGGCGACGCAGCCUACGAUUUGCGUUUCUUCACAGGCGGGCUGCGCCAUGGCCUGCCGCUUCUGCGACACGGGGCUGCGGCGCGGCGUCGAUCUGCCGGCCUGGGCCAUCUUGGAGCAGGUGCUGCAUGCUGAAGCCUGGCUACAGCGUGCGAACCUCACCGCAAGCAACGUGGUCUUCAUGGGAAUGGGCGAGCCCCUGCUGAACUACUCCAACACCUUGGAAGCCUUGAACCUUCUCUGCCGCAGCCACAAGACAACCCUCUCCACCGUGGGGGUGCCGCCUCUGCGGCGCCUGGCGGCCGCGGCGCCGCGGAACCUGCGGCUCGCCGUGUCGCUGCACGCGCCGCGCCAGGAGCUACGGGAGGAGCUGCUGCCGGUCGCCGGGCGCGCGCUGAAGCUCGAGGAGUUGCUGUCCAUUGUGCGGGGCUUCGAGGAAUCCACCGGCUUCGGAGCGCUGAUCCAGUACAUCUUGAUCAAAGGCGUGAACGACACAGAGGAAGAUGCCAACCAGCUGGCUGAGCUCAUUGCCGCGCAUCUGCGAUGCGCUGGCAUCAACCUCAUCCCCUACAAUCCGACGCAGGCUGGGAGUAGCUUCGGGUACCAGUCGCCCUCAGACGCUGCCUGCAAGCGCUUUCGCCAGGUGCUACGGCAGCGGGGCUUCAAUGCCACCAUCCGCUUCUCCACGAAGCUGGGCCGGAGUUGGUCGGCGGCCUGCGGACAGCUGGGACUGGAAGGCUGA